CAUCAAUCACUCUUUACUGUACAUUUCCACCAUAUCGCCGCUACUCCUCCCAGCAUCCCACUCACUGCUCGCCUACAAUGUCCACCCCCAUCAAAAAGCCUACGCCGACAACCCCCUCCGCCAAAUCCACUACCGCACCGCCCUGCCCCCCUCGCCCACCAAAACCCCCCCCCAUCCUCCUCCACAAAUCCGCCUCCUCCUCCGCCUACUACGACCGCCUCAUCGCCCACUACUCCGCCCGCGGCCACCCCUGCUACGCCCCCGACAUGCCGGGCUUCGGCAACUCCUUCGACCCCUCCGCCGCCGACGUCGCCGCCAUCCACGCGCGCGGCACGGGCCGAGGAGGUGGACGCGCGCCCCGGGCGCACAGAGGCCCAGGGCGCGGAAGACGCCCAUGACGUACUUCGCCCCGUUCAACGCGCCCGUCGCGGACGGCAGCCACCUGCUGAAGACGUGGGCGUACCUCAGCACGAUGGGGGUUAGAGAAGAUUUGGCGCUGCGGCAGCGCGAGUUCCUGGACCAUGCGCGCGCGUGGAGGGGGAGGAUGCCGAUUUAUGGGAGCGUGUGGGACCAGGAUGCGGUGGGGUUGUAUUGGCGGGUCCGCGCGCCGAUGGUGGUGAUGUGUGCGAAGGAUGAUGUGCUGUGGCGGUUUUUUUGGGAAUAUGAGGGCGUUGAGGGGGGGUGUGGAGGCGGUGGAGUGUGGAGUGUGGAGGGGGCGAAUUUCACGGUGGAUAGGGAUGUGGAGGGCGUGGUGAGGGCGUGGGAUGGGUUGAUGGACAAGGGUGAGAGGAUGUAGGGAGAGACGUGUGAGAUUGGAGUAAUGAUAGAUUUGGAGUUGGAUUGUUCUAUGGUGGUUUUGGAUGUGUGAAG